CCAACCAAAAUGGCGGAUCUUGCAAAUAAAAAUUUGUAUGCAACUUUAGAAGUCUCCGAGGAUGCAACUGAAAAAGAGAUUGUGAAGGCUUAUAGGAAAAAAGCUCUGAAAUGCCAUCCAGACAAGAAUCCAGAUAACCCUAAAGCCGCUGACCUGUUCCAUGAGUUGUCCAAGGCUCUUGAAGUUCUCACAGAUGCAGCUGCAAAGGCGGCUUAUGACAAGAUUCGUGCUGCCCAGAAAAAGGCUGCAGAGAGAACUAGAGCUUUAGAUUCUAAGAGAAGGAGGUUAAAAGAAGACCUAGAAGCAAAAGAGAGUGCUUCACAGUCUGGCCAGCAGGUCAGAACAGUCCCUGAUAAAACAGCUGCAGAAAGGUUACAAGCAGAGAUUGAGCGCUUACAGAAAGAGGGAUCGAGAAUUCUCGAACAAGAACAGGAGUAUAUGAAAGAGGAGCUCAAGAGGAAGGACGAAUCGACAAUUGAACUUGAAGAAGACGGUGAUGAAGAUGUUACUCCAAAACUUAGGGUGAAAUGGAAAUGUAGGAAGGAUGAUCCAACAAAUGGCGGCUAUUCCCAUGACUUUCUGCGCAAGGCAUUUUCAAAGUAUGGUAAAGUGACCAAUCUACUUGUCUCAAGUAAGAAGAAUGGAAGUGCCCUUGUCGAAUUUGCAUCAUCUGCAUGCGCUCAAUCUGCAUACCUACAUGAGGUUGGCCUCCCAAACAAUCCAGUGACAAUCAUAUUUCUACAAGGACAGCCAACUCAAAAGACACCAGCCAAACGAAGGAAUGAGAGUCCAACUCAUCUGCCUGGUGCAUCUAGUGGAGUUGAUGAUUUUGAACAGGCUGUAUUGAUGAGAAUGAGGCAGGCCCAGCAAGCUAGAGAAAAAGAUGGAAUCCAGGAACCCUCCCGAACCCAUUUGCCCUGUGAACCUGAGGACUUUGAGGCAUCGGUAUUGAAAAGACUACAUCAGGCUCAACAAACGAGUACAGCCAGUCAAAGUGCAGGACUUCUUAUCCAUCCUCCAAAACCAGCUCAAAAACCUAUAAAGCCACCUACAGCUGUUGAGUUUCGAGAUUUUGAGAGUGUGGCCGACAUGCAGGCAAGAAGGGCAGCAGAGAGAAAACGGUUAAUUGAACAAAUACAAUCUGAGGAUGAUUGACAUGUGUCUGUUAAAGACAGGAAUUUCUUUCAAUCAAGGACACCAUAUUGAAGUUCCAGAUGGAGAUUUUUCGUUAUGGUGCAUCACUGGCAGUGUGUUAGUUUCAUCAGUGAUGGUUUACUCACUUGGAAAGAUACAUUACAAUAUCAGUGAACUUAUCCCAGUGGUCUGGUUGUGACUUUGUCUUCAUGAAACCAAUUUGAGGUGAAAUUUCCAAUCGGACGCUACGGAAUCUCUCCCAUUGCAUCAGGUCACAAUAGGGUCAUCCUUUCCAGGAACAGGAGGUAGAAGUUACAUUUGAACAGCCCACAGAAAUGUAGAAUGAGCAGUAUUUGCAUGAUGGGAUGAAUUAAAGAAUAAAAAUUUGAAA